GUGUUGUGAAGACGUGUGUUAGCUUUGUAAAUAUAGAAUACCUAUUGCAAAUUAGUUUAUCGUUAGUGUUAAGCGCAAAGUUUUGUUAUGAUUGAUUAUGUGACAAUAAACGUAAGCUCGGUUAUUCAUCAUGUUGUGAAGUCACUCGCUGUGUACGUCUGAACAUCGUAGUAAUUCGUGGUAUUUACGAAUGUAUUUUAAUUAAUGUGUGGUCAGUGAGCGCUUCAGUGUUAUUUUAUAUAUUUGUCGAGGGUCGGGAGCGAACUGACACUCGUCGAAAUAUGCCAUGUACGCUCCGGAUCAUCUCCGACGGAAGGAAGCCAGAGAUGUUAUGUAUCGCAGUAACUCGAGUCUCGACUUGAUAUACGGUGAACAUCCGUCCGGAAACGGGCUGCGGCGCGAGUAUGGGAGUCACGGUUCGAUCGACGUGAUCGGGGGCGCGAGCGACAGGCUGCCCGCGAUGGUGCACAACUACAACGUGACGGAGAAGGCUCAGGGCCUGAGCGGCGACACUUCCGACGGCCCCACUCCCCGGGCCAGCGCCAGCCCGAAGCCUCGCCUCAAAUUCAACAAGCUUUGGGGUGGCGCGGCUCCCACACACCGACAGCCCAUGGACGAUGGAUCGCUUGGAUCUGAAGGAAUGAAAAAACAGCAGUUUGCUCACUAUGAUUGUCAAUCCUUGAUGGCGAACUUGAGUUAUGCAGCUGAGAUCAGAGGAGCACUGUUGAGCCGUAGGAGGAAUACAACAACAGGGGCAUCUGCUGCUUCUCUAGCGACCCGGGGCCCUCCGCUGGGAGAAGACACAGUACCUGACAUGGGGGAUGGGAGAUCCAAUGAGUUGCUGGAAGCUUGUCCCUUCUUUAGGAAUGAAUUGGGAGGUGAAGAAGAGCGCUGCGUGUCCCUAUGCCGGCGGACAUCUCGCGGUGCGAUACCGGGUCAAGCCGGCAGCUGGCACCGGCCUCGAGCGGCCUACGGCCUCUCAGUCCUCGAGUUUCCCCCGGGCCACACUCACUGGCGACAUGGAUGCCCGUUUGCGCACACGCUGACGCCUCUGCCUGUUGAGAGCCAGGAUUUGGGAGCGCUGUAUUAUAGGAACUACUUCUAUGGACAGUCACACCAAAACUGGUUCGGCAUGGACGAAACUGGGCCCGUCGCGAUUUCCAUCAAGAAAGAGCGAGUGGAACUAAGAAGAGGGGGGUCUGACGCGUCCGCACCAGCUUCUCAACUGGCUUGGCAGUACCGCCUGGUCGUGCGCACCUCGGAACUGCUGACCUUGCGGGGGUCACUGCUGGAAGACGCGUUACCUAUCAAACCCAGUAACAAUACAGCUACUUACAACACUAAGGAGGUGCUGGAGUAUGUUGCUCCGGAGUUGCAACUCAGUUGUCUCAGACUGGGCACCAACGGGAGCGGCGCCGAAGAGCAACUCCUAAGACUCGACGAACAAUGUGUCACCCGCCACUACAAAGUAGGAGUUAUGUACUGCAAGAGCGGCCAGUCCACCGAAGAAGAGAUGUACAAUAACCAAGAAGCUGGCCCGGCCUUUGUAGAGUUCCUCCAGACGCUCGGACACACCGUCCGGCUAAAAGACUUCGACAAAUACAAAGCGGGCCUCGACAACCGCACAGACUCCACCGGCCUCUACUCCGUCUACACGACUUAUCAGAACUGCGAGAUUAUGUUCCACGUGUCAACUAUGCUGCCCUACACGCCUAACAACAGGCAGCAGCUACUCAGAAAGCGGCAUAUAGGCAACGAUAUAGUCACUAUAGUCUUCCAAGAGCCCGGAGCGGCGCCCUUCACUCCCAGGAACAUUCGUUCGCAGUUCCAACACGUGUUUGUGGUGGUGCGAGCGAUAGACCCGUGCACGGAGAACACGCACUAUAGCAUAGCUGUGAGUCGCGCGAAGGAAGUGCCGUUAUUUGGACCGCCGAUCAAAGAUGGCGCUGUCUACCCGAAGGGAGAGGUUUUUACGGAUCUGCUAUUGAGUAAGGUAAUCAAUGGCGAGAACGCAGCCAUACAAUCACCAAAGUUCAGCACGAUGGCCACACGCACGCGGCAGGAGUAUCUCAAGGACCUGGCCAAGAAUCACGUGUCUGCCACAACACUGGAGACCGGCCAGAAGUUCUCAAUUUUCUCAUCGCUGCUGAUGAAGAGCGGCAGCAACAACAACACGGCGGUGCUGCCGCGGCUCUACAGCUGCCCCAACGACGUGCUGGUCGGAGGCGCCAUGUGCUUCCAUGUUCAAGUCCAAGAUGAAGGCGCGGGCGGCGCGGUGCUGGACUGCAUGCUCGGCGUCUCACCCGACACCAUAGUGUUAGUAGAGGACAGCACGAGACAGGUCAUACUCGUCAUACCUACCAACACUCUUCUGGGUUGGGUGGCGAGCGGGGGCUGGACGCGCAUAUUCUACCACCGCGGCGAGUCGGUGCGCGUGCGCGACUGUCCCGCGCUGCUGCGGCGGCUCGCCGGCGUGGCGCCGCCGCACGCCGAGCUGCUGCCCGAGCGCACGCUCGCCCGCGGCGCCGCUGCGCAGCUCGGGUUCCACGUACAACCGGACGGGCUCAUUAUAGCGGUAGAGAGCGGCAGCACGGCAGAUAAAGCUGGCGUGAAACGAGGCUCGCGUCUGCUGGAGGUGUGCCGCGCCGCCGUCGUGGCCCUACACCACGAGCAGCUGGUAGACCUGCUCAAGACCUCCGACCCCUGCACGGUGACAACAACGAACGCGUCCAGCUACAAGUGCCUGUGCGAGUCUCCCGACUCCGAGCCGACCGCGCCCGCACGCGGCGACGCGCAGCGCCCCGGCCGCGGUCGCCGCGCCUACGAGCGGGGACACUCGCCGCCACGCUCGGAUAGCUCCGGAUACGGCACAGGUGGAUCCGGUCGCAGCGCGCGUCGCUCUCCACAGUCGUCGCCAACGACGGAGAGCGUGCGCCGGCGCUCGCACGACGCGUCGCCGCGCCACGCGCGCCACAAGCGCGCUUCCGCGCACGGCAGCCUCACGGACGAGUUGAUGCGGCUGAUGGACGCGGAGCUGGGGGCCGCGGAGGGCGCGCCCCCUCCCGCCGCUGCGCCCCCCGCCCCCGCCCCCGCGCCCGCGCCCGCGCUGCCGCUGCCCGACGCCAGCGCGCUGGACUGGGCCGCGCUCGUGCACACCGCCACCCGCGCCAUGCUGCAGAUUUGCGAAGAACAUCAAUAUCCGUCCAUAGACAAUCCGGACCCCACGCUGGAACCCCUUCCGAGUGAACCACCGACCCUCGACUCGUGGUCUGAGGAACCGACAUCGGACGCGCCGCCACCGUCUUCGCCGGCGGCGCCGGGCGCAUGCGCGUGCGCGUGUGGGCUGGGCGCGCGCGUGGCGGCGCUGGAGGCCGAGCGCGCCGCGCAAGCCCGCCACAAGCACCAGCUCGAGGAGGAGGUCCGUCGCCUACGCCGUCAUAACGCGCGACUACGAGAAGAGAGCGCCCGCGCCGUUUGGCAGCUGCGGCACUUCACUCAGUGGCUCAAACGGACCGUCGAUCGCCAGUGAUCUGCCGUCUCGCUCGCGCCCACGCCAGUUAUCGUCUAUCCUGCUCUACGGCGAGCAAGUAACACGAUUCGUGAACAUUUUGGUAACGCUUUGGCUCACGGACCGUUGAUCGCCAUUCGUGAGUGAUCAAGUCUUACGGUGUUGGUUGCCUGUCCUGUUGCGAUACGACAUUAAGUAUACAGGGCCCACGAAUUGCGAAAGCUAAGGCAGCUACGUCGCGUCGAAAUUAUAUCCGGCUCACUAAAACAGCAGGCAUCUCGCUCUUAUACCGUUAAACGUUGUCUCGCUCUAACAACAGUGACAUCUAGCGUAGAAGUAACAUUGUAGAACACAGCUCUUUAGGAAUUGGGUUGCUGUACGGGCUAAUUCACCAUGGCAGGCAUGAAUGGAAUGAACGAUUAUUAUUUAUUUAUUAUUUAAUAAUUUAUUUAUUUGAGAACAUAUUUCAAUGACAUUACAUUUAAAUCCAAUGCGUCAUGAAAC